CCAACUAUAAAUAAAUUCAUUAACGAUUAUAUAAUUUUAUGUAAGCAUGACAAUACCAAAAGACCCAAAAUAAAAACUUUACGUUACUAAAAUCACAAAUACAAUGAAGUAGGAGGACGAAUCAGUAAAAACAAAAAACACGAGCCAGCUAUAUAAGCUCCUCAUUGGGUACUCCAUUACGUUAUCCAGACCUUAAUUUAGCCCUACUUUUGGAAACGUAACCAACCUCCCUCCUCCCUCUUCAUCUUCCCAAAUUUCCAUAUCUCCCUCUCCUCCUAUAUAAUCCAAAUCCCUAAUUCACCAUUCCCAAUCUCCUCUAGACCCUAAUUCCCCUUUCACAAUCCCCCCAAAUCUCCGAUCUCGAUUUUUCCUGAGCGUCUGUGAAUUUUUUUAUCGUCGAUUGAAAAACAACGAAAUCUUCUUCCCUGCGCGAUUUCUCGAGAGAAUGGUUGGCGGUGGAGGCAGGAGAGACGAGGGCUCGCUCGUCAUCAACAACACGAACGUGUUCGCGGCGCUCGAGACUCUGAGGAAGAAGAAGAAGUCCGAUAAGGAUCGCAAGAGCAAAGGGUCGUCCAAGGCGGCGCAGCCCAAGGCGCCGGAGCCGCAGGUGUUCUGGGCGCCGGCUCCUUUGAACACGAAAUCGUGGGCCGAUGUUGACGACGAAGAUGAUGAUGAUUAUUACGCCACCACGGCUCCGCCUCAGGCUGCUUGGGGAUCGUCGGAGCCGCAAAAGAGUAAGGAGAAGCCAAAUGUAGAGGAAAGUGAGAGUGAAGAAGAUAUUCUUGAUGAAGGUGAUGAUGAUGCAGAGGAAGAGCAUGAUCACGAACUGGAGGUGCAUGUAAACCUGGAGCCAGUGGUGAAGAAGCCUGCUUAUGUUCCUGCGCCACCUAAAGAGGCAGAAAAGCAACUUUCAAAAAAGGAAAGAAAGAAAAAAGAACUUGCAGAACUUGAGGCUCUUCUUGCUGAUUUUGGAGUCGCCCCAAAGGAGAGUGAUAGUCAAGAUGAAUCACAAGGUGUUGCACAAGAAAAGGAUAAUGCACCAGAUGGAGAUGGAGAAAAGAAGGAAAAUCAAUCUGCAGAGUCCAAGAGCGCCAAGAAGAAGAAAAAGAAAGAUAAAGCUUCCAAGGAGGUGAAAGAAUCGCAGGAUCAGCCAAACAACUCAGGGGCUACUAAUGGUCCGAGUGAAGUUACUGGAGCUGAACAAGUGGAGGAGGAUACAUCGAAUAUUGAUGUGAAGGAGCGAUUAAAGAAGGUUGUAUCUGGGAAGAAGAAGAAAUCUAGUAAAGAGUUGGAUGCUGCAGCAAAAGCUGCUGCUCAAGAGGCUGCUGCUAGGAGAGCACGGCUUGCUGCAGCUAAGAAGAAAGAGAAGAAUCAUUACAACCAGCAACCUGUCCGGUAAAAAGCCCAAAUUUUGUUCAACAUUGGUACAUAUGAACAUGUAAUUUCUCUUUGUUCAUAUGACGGAAGUUAUGCGAAAUAAAGAGUUGUGGCUCUGGGUUUAAAUUUAAUUGCGAGGUGGACUUAUAGGAAGUUAUCGUUUUUGGCUGUUGCCGAUCAUUUUUUGUUGCUCGGUUGUCAUGGGACGUAUGGAAUUUGCCAGUUUUGCUCAUUGGAUAUUUGUUCCUUGGAGAGUGGGUUUUAAAUUGAUAGAUGUCCUGUAAUGUAGUUGUUCCUCCAUGUUGUUGCUGUCACAAACUUCUUGUGUGUGAAAUUCUAUGAAUGGACACCAUGAGAAAUUAUUGCA